UAAUCAUUGUUUUUUUGUCGAUUACGGAAAGAUUGCAUUAUUGCAUGUUCAGUCCCACGCUAAGUGCGUAUAGUUUUGUGCAGCUUCGAACAGGUGUCUUCAGAAGUGAAGUGUCCAUAGCGGCCAGAAAAAACAUCGCUUUGCGACUCCACUGACGACAGAGGCAAAUAUUCCCGGUUGACACGCCCACAGCAUGGGUACACACAGCUCUAAUAAAAGAAUAUUAUACUGUCAGUAUACCGGAGAGUGAACAGAUGCGAUGAUGGGAAGUAUCAGCUUCGAUCCGAUGGACUUUCAAAGAAUCACCUUGAGACAAAAUAUGCUCCCAGCGACAAACGUGUUUGAUUAAAUGCACAGACGUUUUUAUUUCAUCGCGAUCCAGGAAGUUGAAUUUUCCGAAAAGCCGGUAAAACAUCUCGAGUUUUUUUUUUUUUUUUUGACCCAACUACCUCAGUGUCAUCACAAAUCGACUGAAGGGAGAAAAUAAUUCAAGCAAGCGAAGCAUCAUAAAAACGUGGAAGCUUGUUCGCUGUAACGAAAUGGAUCGUUUUGCAGCUGAGUGCCUUGUGUCAAUGUCUAAUGGUCCUAUUGUCCACAGUUCUAAAGGGAACAGUAGAGAAAUCAGACCAGAUCCUGCCUCUGUCCCAAGAAACGGAAUGGAACCCAUUGACCUUCUGGCGAAAGACAACUCCAAUCUCUUUAUGGUAGCUAGGAUUUUGGCGGAUUUAAACCAGCACACCCCCGGUGUUUCCGAACAGGGAAAAGUAAGGGAAGAUAACAAAUUAACAACCCUUUCGAGAGAGGAUGGAAACACUGCCACACCUACCGCUCUGCACGGCGACCACGGUCUCAAAGCAAAAAGAAAACCUGUAAUUUGUCACAUUCUGCACGAAUCUGCACAGAAAAAGCACAAAUGCCACUAUUCAGGGUGUGAAAAAGUUUAUGGAAAGUCGUCCCAUCUUAAAGCCCACCUAAGGACACACACAGGAGAGAGGCCCUUCCCCUGCACCUGGCCCGACUGCAGUAAGAAGUUCGCCCGCUCGGACGAGCUGGCGCGGCACUACCGCACGCACACUGGCGAGAAGCGCUUUGGCUGCCCGCUGUGUGAGAAGCGCUUCAUGCGCAGUGACCACCUUAUGAAGCACGCCCGCCGCCAUUCCGCCUUCCAGCCCGGCAUGCUGAAGAAGCCCGAGGCCCCCACCCUGCGGCCCACCUCCCGCAGUGACUAUAGCCGCUCCGACGGCUCCAGCCCUGCCCCCAGCCCCUCCAGCCUGCCUUAGCCUCUCAUUCAGGCUCUUCGGAUGUCGUCUCCUUGCUAACUCUCUGCCUACUAUACAGUGCUCUCCAUAACCCCUUACUGUGCAAUUGCUUACACACCUCAGAGGACAAUAAUGACUCCCAUUUCAAAUAGCAAUACAACCAUUUAAAAAACACUCAUCUUCUAACCUAUUGGCAGCCGGCAGAUAAUGCAGAAAAGUCUGUUAAAGAUGACAUUCUUCUGAAGUUUAAGUUCGAAAAGAUCUGUAUGGACCAGUGUAUUCCUUUUCCUGCAUCUCAACUGGGGAAAGGCGGGGGGUUUACUUGUGCACCUCAGGAUUUGGGACUUUUUUUUUUCUCAGCUCUCUAACUCAACUGCACAAUACUAGCAUUACUUUGUUCUGAAGAUUCAGCACCGCUCAGGGAAGACAGUGUAACAGAGAGACCACAAUGAGGAUGAAUAGAAGAAUUACCAACGCUAUGCUUUGCAGGAUUUGCACUCUGAACGUGUUUUUGUUAGUUGUCGCACUGGAGGAAACUAGUACUGGAUUAAUGGUCAUUGAAAGUCGAGAUUUAGCUUUUUUUCUCUCGUUUUCCUCCACAUAACCUAGAAAUUCCUGGGGAAAUAGAUGGAAGGUCACAUUGUUUUUCAUUUUUGGGCUGUAAACCAUGCUUAGCCACAGAAACAGCUGUGUUCAGGAAGCCUGAUCACUUGCUGGAAGUCACUUUUUAUGCACUGGGAGUCAGGUAUCCCCCUGGGAGUCACAGAUGGUGCUCUGGGAGUGGGCGAAGAGUGAGCGGGGUCACACAGGCCCACUGAAUUCUACUCUCUGAACAUGGUGCCCUGGGAUGUUUCAGAGAAGCUUGCGUGUGCAAUGAAUCAGCAGCGAGUCAAAGCGGCGAGUCAGUAUGCUGUAGCAUAAGCCCUGUAAGGUGUGAAUAUUACCACCCCAGAGAGAACAUCCCUGGGCCAACCUCUUGCAGUGGAAAGUCAAAACCUUUUCAGUGUAUCUCAUGGAUGUCUUCUUUCCUUCAAACCAUGAUCUAGUUUGGAAACAUCUCGAGUCCUUCUUCCCCUAAACAGGACUGUGACCUGGCAGCAAACACAGGUUUCAGUGUCAUGCCGUAGCAGGGGUCUCUCAUACCCCAGGAGAAUGAACACUGACAGAGGCGGGUCCUGACUCACCAGCCUGAUCCAAUCCCAGUUACCUCAUACUCACAUAUCCAUAUUUCUCCUUUUCUGUGAUGAAAACAGCCCCCAGCAUAUUAAACACAGCCUUCCUGAGCCUCCCUCUCCACCCUUGACAUAAACGAAGAUAUGAAGAAGAAGCCAUCUCUGGACAAUAAUACCUAACACUCCGAACACACCCACACGAAUACAAUCUUCACACAGAAUCACUGCCAUCCAUACAGUGUGCUGUUGAUUUCAGAGCUACAUCUAUCCUGUGUUUGAAUGUCAAGUUUAAACAGUGCUGGCUUCUCAGUACAACUUAUAACUAACUAUUAUUUUUUUCUUGCCGUAAGCUGUUUUAAACUUUAUAGCGGUACAUAACUUCCAAAAUGCCUUUCUAAAUUUUCAUUUAGGGAUGCCUUUGUAUUUAGCAAGCUUCCUUAUUCAGUGUAAGGUGUCUCAGCUGACCUAAUAUAUGAGUGUGAAGCUGGAUUUAUUGGACCAAUACCCAGGGGUACUGUGUAGUUUCCUAUAAAAACCAAAAGAAAAAAAAAAGAAGAAAAAAUCUAAAUUGCAAGCAAAUGCUGUGGCUGACUGGCAGAGUUCAGGACGGUUCUGCAAAGCCUAUGGCUCCUGCGCCUUCCUGCUCUCUUACCGUAAUGUGCGUCUUGACAGGAUGUGAAAAAGAUGGUCCUUGUUGUGGUCGUCGGUGUAAUUACUGCUUUGUUUGCGCCGCGUGCCACCGCAUCGACGGCUUCAGACGUGAUCUGUCACUACAGGAGGCUGUAAUGAGAGGAGAUGCAAAUCCCGGCCCUCUUCUCGUCUAUAAGGGUGGAGGCAACAGUCCUUUUGGUCUUAUUUUGGAGCCGCUUGUGUCUGUACAGAAAAAAAGCACUCGGAAUACUGGUAGCAUCUUCCCUUGGUAAAGAAAAAAGGCUUUAUUUCUUUGUAAAAAAUUCUUUGUGUUUUUGUAAAUAAUGAUGCUACCAAAUUAUCAUCAAAGUACUAGAACAAACAGUUUGCUACCGGCAUUUUCCUCAAGGGUGACAAUGGCCCCCUCCGGCUCAGCAAACAGGCCCAAGAAAGCUUCCAGAUAUUUUAACACAGAUUUUAUGCCAUAUUAAUCUAGUUUAUAUACAUUGAUGCACAUAUAUAUAUAUAUAUAUAUAUAUAUAUAUAUAUAUAUAUAUAUAUAUAUAUAUAUAUAUAUAUAUUCUUGCAAUCUGUGCCUGUUAGUAACUAGGCGUGCCUUUGUUGAAAGUAGCCUGUGCAUGUCCUUGAUAUUAAUUCGCUUUAUGCCCUCGUUGGGUUAAAGGGCCCAGGUGGGCUGUGUCCAUAACCUGACACGAACUCCAACAGAUUCAAAGUUAGCCGUUUUCCCCUCAUAAAAAACCCAGAAAAACCUAGGCCUGCUUUACAUGUGUCAACACAGCGUGUGGCUGACUUAGUGUUCCACUGACUCAACACUGAAAUGGGACACUUGAAAGGCUGCUUUGUUGGCAGCCUACUAAAAUCAAGUUGUGACAGAAUCCCACCACGAUUUAUUUAUUUUUUCUUUUUCUGAGCCCAAAAAUCACAUGACGUAAAUGGAGGACUGUAUUGGUCGUUACCACAACGUGUCAAUUGUUGAGACCAACGUGUGGGGAGAGUUGCAUAUUAUGACACUUAUAUCACUGCUUUGUUCCAUCCCUGCUUCACUUUUACCUCAGGACAGACAUGAAUCAGCGCGCCCCAUCCGCGCUUCCCAUCUGCGAUUCCCAUCCGCGAUUCCCAUCCACGCUUCCCAUCCGUGAUUCCCAUCCGCGAUUCCCAUCCGCACGCCCCAUCCACGCUUCCCAUCCGCGCUUCCCAUCCGCCUGCCCCAUUCACUUGCCCCAUCCGCGUGUCCCAUCUCUUUCUGCGAGUAUCUGUUACGGCUGAAUUGACACAGAGGUUGAUUUCAGGUCCCCAGUUCUCCGCAGGAAGUUUCCACAUCUCGCCCCUCUCGCAUCACCUCGCGCCUGGAUGUUACACUGCUGUUCAUUUUCUCAUUUUUCUUCCUUGGCCUGGGGCAGCAGAACCCAAGUGAUCAUUUUUGUUACUUCACUGAGAGCCGGCUUGGCUUAGAGGAGAAAGUCAUGUGACAGAGGCACUGGGCAAUGGAUGGGGAGACAGACUUCUUAACCAGUAUGGGCUCACUGGCAAAGUUAAGGCAGCCCACACCUAUAUUAGGUAUAAUCAGUAAAAACAUUGAUCAGUUUGGAGAAAACUAAUGGCCUACAGUGAUGGAAAGCCCCCCCCCCCAAAUUCAUAAGUGUAGUGUAUUAUCUAUCUUUUAAUAGUGUAGUAUCUAUUUUAACAGUGUAGUAUCUAUUUUUUGAGAGUAUUAGUAUGUAAUCUGCCCAUACAGAGUAUAACUGGUUAUGCAGUCUAAAUAAGAUGAAAUCAGACUCCAAAUAUGUUUUACUAUUAUGAUAAUGAUUUUUGGUUGCCUGGACAUGUGUGUGUGUGUAUGUGUGUGUAAUGUUUUUAUUAUUAUUUUUUUUUUCCAAAUGAUCCAAUCAAAACAUUAGACACGUGCUAUUUAUUCUGUGCUUGUCUCACAUUACACUGAUCUGAACAUUGUGGAAAAGAGGCCAUUUCCUUUUCUGACUUUUUAAAUAUGUAUUGUGUGAUGUUGUUAAUGUUCAUUUUGGAUUUAUUUUAGGGUACCUGUGCUGCAUCUCAGUCAGUAUGGAUUCUAUUAUUGUAGUUAUCGAUUAUGUUUUUGUUUGCUUGCAUUGUUAUUUGUUGUAAUUUUGUACAGUGUUCAGUAAUUGAGUGGACUUCAUUAUGUCAAAGAACAUUUUGAAACAGACAUUCAAUUUCAUCUAUAGACACUGAAGUUCCCUUGGACUUAAUAUUGCCCUGCUUCCCUGCAAUGUAGAAAGGGAAAGUUUGGGGGAAUAUAUUAUUUAAACUGGGAAUUUUCAUAAAGGUAUUUUUUUCUGGGGUUGCUGUGUUUUAUUUUUGUAUGUCACAUAACCAUGGAGACCACCGCAUUGUGAGGUAGUACAGCGUAGGCAUAUAUAUAUUUCUGAGAUGUUAUUUUUAAUUAACUAGUGUUGAACCUUCCUAGGAUGAUGAUCAUCAUCAUUUUUUCAGGGUGGUGGUACAAGUUAGGUUAAUAGCUUCCUGGCUUAGAAAAAUGGUCCAAUAUUAUUUAAUUAUGAUAUUGCCUUGGGAAUAAAAAUGUUCAAGUUCUAAGCUUACUUAACAAAGUAAUAUUUUUUUUUCAUAAAUCAGAUAUCAAUGAUUAACAGAAUGUAACAUUAUAUUACAAAAAAAAACAAGUAUUGCUUAUCAUCCAGGAAAAUUUGACUUUAGCCUUGCAUUAAGCUAUGGCUCAAGCCAUUAAUGCCAUUGAAUGAUCGGUUCAGAUUACAAAAUUACUUUUGAAAUGCUGACGUAAUGGGAUAGAACGUUCACAACAGACUAAACAAGAUUCUGUUUGCUUUUGGCAUAAUUAUGAUCAUUAAAGUUGGGGACAUAUCAUGAAACACCAGAAUUUAAAUGCAUAUAUCCAGAGAUACUAUAGAAGAAGUUUUUGUUCAUUUACAUGUCUGUCAUGAUGGUUUUAAUGUAUUACAAGGAAUGAAUUUCAGGCUUUUUUUUGUAUAUUAAAUAUUAAAUGAGGUAUUUCAGGUUUAAACCAGCUCCAUAAUAAUAAUUUAUAUUAUUGAUAAUGUGCUUUCAGCCUUUUAAAAGUACAGUUCCAUUUUGUCAUAACUGACGUCACUGCCUCUAUUGUAUAGGUAAGACAUAAUCUAUUUCAACUCUUGAAAAGACAUACUUUCAAAAUACACUUUCUCCAGCUUCUGAAGGAUUGUUUUUACUAUAUUUAGACUGCAUUCAUCAAGCCACUGUAUAAAGGCUUUAUUUGAAUUUGUAUGUAUUUAUUUACAUCUGUGCAAUGUUUUUACUGUUAUCCAGUUAUCUGUUUUAGUUCAGUUUUCUCCUUUCUUGUAUAGUGUAUUUUGCUGAGAUAUUAAUUUCCAGUCCAGUCAAACUGGUGUAUUUGAACAAACCCCCCCCCCCCCCCAUUUGCCAUAUAAGGGAAAGCCGCCGCCCAGCGGGACACAUCACCCUGCGGCUCAAAAACAUUCCAGCUCCUCUUUCUCGCCGACGAGGAAAGGGCAGACCAGGACAUUGUGAGAACCGGACUAAGUCUGUGAACCUUGUUUUUUCAGGGAUGGAAAAUGGGGAAACGUCACACUGUAGGCCAACGAGCUGCACUGGGCUCUUGCGGAGCUCACUGCCGGGUCACUGCGGCCCCUCCCAUGUUUUCACUCAAAUUGUGGUCAGCACUCGUGACCAAAGUCUUCAGGAAUGAGGCAUUCUGCAUACGUGACCUCACAUUUGACUCCAAAAUAUGGAUACGUGCAUGAAAAAUGGACAGACCCCCCCUUCCAUUGUCUGUCCUGUCUCUUCACUACUGGACACUGCCUGCAGCGAAUGGCCAGGUGGCAGUGUGUACCAACUCUUCUGGCUGCAGGAGGCGAAGGAGAAUUCCCAGUAUUGAUCAUUAAUUCCCACCAGCUCCGGUGCAUGCGCCAACCGGAAGUCACCAGCCUUCAUUGUGAAAUGGAUAUUUGCUUAAAGAAUUCAGCAAACAAAGUAUGUCCUGAAACCUUGCCACACAAAUGUCCACAGGGGUCAGUGUAAAGUAGCCUCAAGCGCCCCAGACCACACUUAUCUCCAACCUUGUAUUUAUGCACUUUCCCUAAUUAUAAAAGUUUACACUUUCCAUCUCUGCGUGCUUUGUUUUGUAAAAUCAGUGACACCGAUGAGCCGGAGUUGUCCAGAAAGGUUGUAAGUGACUUCAUAAAUUCGAAAAAUUGUUAAUGCAGUCAAAUAGAUGAGUAGCAAUUUCUUGGCAUUCAGCAGAAUAUAAGAUGUGGGGUGAUACUUGAGGUCUUGCAGUGUCUUUAGUGUAGUGUAGACUGUGCACCCAUUAAUGCCCUUUCUUUCCUCACACACGUCAAUGCUGCAGAAACCCUUACUUAUUUGUCUCUUCCUGUGUCACAUGACCCGCCAAGCCCAUUCCGUGAAUAAUCUUUUUCUUAACAAAAACCAGUUUCUUUCAUGACCUUGUCAAAGCUGCCACAACCUCCAUAUUUGUUAAUCCACCAAAUCUCUGUGUUUGCCGAAGUGUUACAGUUAAAAUUCCUGCAGAUUACACAGAACUUAAUGCCCUGUAAUUCUGCCAUGUAUUUGUAUGACUUUUUGUACUUAGACGAAUAUUGUGAUUAUGUCCUAUACAAAUAAAAAAAAAUAAAUAACGAAAUGUAAAAUUCUAUACAGCAUCUUAACCUGUAUGCAUGAGCUAAGAUCACAUUUGGCAAAAAAAAUAAAUAAACAUAAAAGACUUUU